CGGUCUAAGUGCUCCAAUCAGUAUCGUCAACACGCUUGUGCAUCCGCGUUUCAAAAUUCCCCAGUCUCUCGAUCCAAAAAGCUAUUCAAACAGUGCACAGUACUCUCGUAUUCGGGACGCUAACCAGCUAGUUUAACACUACGAUUCGGCUUUAAAGUUGGAAAUUCCACAUCUUUUAACGCCUGGUCACAUUUCUGUUUUGAUAUAAAUAAAUUCAAUAGUCUAAUUAAUUCGGGAUUACGUCCCCGAAUCAUGUCUAACUUGUUGGCGAACACUUCGGGGUGCGUUACAAGAGGCGUUUUAUUUUUAACCGGUACGUUACGUAGCUUCCACGAUUCCACGUAAGUGAACAAGGUACGUGUAACACGGAAAGGUGUCCGGAUCUGGGCCAGUCCGGCGUCACCCCACCCCCGGCAUCCGGUAAUCCGGCGUUAAACCGAUCCCGCCGCGCCACUCCGAUUCGUAUCCCUGCGGGCUCCAUCUCCCUCGAGGUUCUGUUCUCUGGUUGCUUACAUCCGAUCCGGUAGGGUUUACUAAGAGAGCACGGAUCCUCCGAAAGGUUCAGUGCGAAACGCGCUCUCGGACUCGAAGGAUCCUUCUUCCUCGCGUCCCCACUCGUUGCGGAACCGAAUCGAACCCGUCGGGAAAAGAACGGGAAGAGAGAGGCUUUCCUUUCCAACGACUCCUCUCGCAACGCUGCUGCUGCGUUUGUUCCACUGUAGUUGCUGUGACAGUAAAACGCGCUCGGAUCCUUCCCCUCGUUGGAUCCAUCGAUGAGCGCCGGCGUCGUCGAUCAACAGUCGCGCAGCUGAUCUAGCGGAUCUUAGAUCGCGAAAGGAUGAUAGACAGGACGGGCUUGGCGGUCCUUAUCGGACUCCUGACCCUCGCAUCAGGCUUGCAAUGCCCAAAACAGAAGAUAUCGCCAGGCAGGGAGGUGGUGUGCUACACCUCCGUCACCGACGUCGAACGUUUGACGGAGGCCGUCUGCAAAUGUACCACGCUGGUGCAGCAAGGAUACGACGUGCGGAAUGUCUCGAUUUCCGAGUUUGAAACCUUCCAGAAAUCAUUGAAGGAGAUCAUUCCGACCCUUCAGUUCGCGAUUUCCGUGAACGACCCCGAAAGUACGCUCAGGACUUCCGGCAUGGUUCGUCAGGAGAUCGUCGCCCGAUUGAUGGGCGUCUUCAAAGAGUUGGAUGCGAUCGAGCUGAAUAUGACUGCCGGGUCGAAGGAACGUUUGUCACAUUUUGUGAAGGGCCUGAGAGACGAGUUGGUGAGGAAGUCCUACGACAAGAGGAUCUUCCUGGUUCUGCCUACAAAAUCAGAGAACCUGGCCAAACAGUUUGACCUGAAGGACCUAACGAAAUACGUGGAUUUGUUCACGAUCCCGACGCACUAUUUGGUGGAGGACGACGAUGCCCAGAGCACUUUCCAUCCAUCACGUCUGAUGGGCCUGUUCGACAUGUUCAACGCGGACAGCCUGAUCGACCUGAUUAGCGGCCUGGGCGCUCCCAAGAGGAAAAUCUUGAUAUCGGUGCCUGCCAGCGCGUACAGGUUCACGCUUAAGGAUCAGGACGACAAUGCCCCAAGGGCACCCACUGAAGAGACGCAGCCGGUCGUCAUUGAUCAGAGACAGUUAUGCGAUUUGAUGAAUAAGGGAGAAUGGACGGUGGAGAGAGACGAGGAUCUUACCGCUCCUUACGCGUUCAAGGAUAAGACGUGGAUCGCCUUUGAAGAUAAAAUAUCAAUCUCAAUAAAAGGCAAGUACGCGUUGCUUCGAGAUCUGCCUGGGUUAGCAGUGCACGAGAUAGAAAAUGAUUUGAAAACCAGCUGCGCCGAACCUCUUACGCAUGAAGUUCAUCGAUCCUUUUCGGAUUUCAAGAGGAAGUCGAGGGCAGCCGUUUUAAACGCUUUGGAAGACGAUUUGCAUCAAAUGCAACUCGAAUACACGACGAAAGUCAAGUCAUCCGAUUUUCGAGUGGUCCGCGUCGUGGAUACUGAAGGGCACAUAAGGGUGGUCCGAGAGAAUACCCAAACCGAAUUCACAUGUUCCAGGCAGGGCUAUUUCGUGCAUCCAAAAAGUUGCAACAGGUUUUAUCGAUGCGUCAAGUUCAACCAGGAAGUGGAAGACUACUCCGUGUUCGAAUUCGACUGUCCGGCGGGCUUGUCUUUCGACGAGCGAACCGAGGUUUGCGUUUGGCCAGGAUCCAUGCCCGAAGGAUCACCUUGUCCUGGAAGCAGCGAGAUUGCUCCCGUAGCUCGAGUACGAUUCGAAUGUCCUUCGAAAUCCGGCUACUACGCAGACCCCCAAAAUCCGCGAUGGUUCUUCGCCUGCAUCGAUUUAGGACGACCAGAGAUAAUGGCAUACGAGUUUCGUUGCCCGUUCGGGCUGAUCUUCGACGAACAGAAAUUGGUCUGCGAGUGGCCAUGGCUGGUAGCAGGAUAUUCUGGCAGCGCUUACGAAAGGCCAGAGUACGACUUUGGUGCUGGGGCAUCGAUAAGUACUGGUGGAUAUUACACCGGAGGAUUGCCUCAUGGGUACACAGGAGCUCCAGGAGGAUAUUCUGGUUCGACGAUUGGCGUCGGGUACACCGAUGCCGGAUCAGGAUUCUCUGGUACUGGCGGAUACUCGAGUCAAGGAGCAACUGGAACCGGAUAUUCCGGAGCAGCUGGUGUUGGACAUGGAGUUUCAUUCGGUGGUCAAGGAUCUGGCGGAUAUACUGGAUCAACUGGAAGUGGAUACUCCGGAACCGCGGGACAUGGAGUUUCAUUCGGUGGUCAAGGAUCCGGUGGUUACACUGGAUCAACUGGAAGUGGAUAUUCCGGUACAGCUGGUCACGGAGUUUCAUUCGGUGGUCAAGGAUCUGGUGGUUACACUGGAGCUGCUGAUGCUGGACAUGGAAUCUCGGUUGAUGGCCAAGGAUCUGGUGGAUACACUGGAUCAGCUGGAAGUGGAUACACCGUAACAGUUGAUCACGGAGUUUCAUACGGUAGUCAAGGUGGAUAUACUGGAUCAACUGGAAGUGGAUCUGGAACAGCUGGAGGCGGAUACUCCGGAUCAGGAAAAGUCGAAACAGGAACUGGACAAGGAUAUUCCGGAGGAUCAACGAGUAAUGUAUAUACAGGCUCGGGCAUAGGAUAUUCAACCGGUACAAUUCACGCAGGAUCGUCUGUUGGUACUGGAUACUCGAAACCAGGUGGAACCGGUUAUAGUUUUGCACCGGGAUAUUCGAGUUCUGUCGGUGGUGGAUACUCUGGAUCAACUCAAGGAGGAUAUUCCGGUUCCAUUGGCGGAGGAUACUCAGGAACGACGAGUACUGUUCACGGUGGAUCCACUGGAGGAUAUUCGGGAUCCAUUGGCGGAGGAUAUUCAGGAACGACGAGCACUAUUCAUGGUGGUUCCAGUGGAGGAUAUUCAGGAUCCAUUGGCGGUGGAUAUUCCGGGACAACAAGCUCUGGUCACGCAGGAGGUGGUGGUUACUCAGGAUCAGGAGGAUACACAGUACCUUCUUACGGAUCUGUACCGGGAGUCGAUUAUUCGGGAACUGGAACAGGCGCGACUGGCCAUGGAUACAGUGGAGAAACAGGAACAAAGUAUACAGGAUCUAGUUCUGGAAUUGGUUUCGGUGGACCAACGCAAACGCCUAUCUACGCCUCCAGUGGACCGAUUGGAACUGGUCUCGACGUGUCCGGUGUACACUCACAGACUCCUGGACCAGUUUUGCUCGAGAAGCCUGAACAACCAAUUUGCAUCACUUCUUGCUAUCCCCAGCCAUCAAGCGGGCCAACUUACAACACUGACGGCUACGUCUCAAGUGGCGUUACCUCCGGAACGAAUAUCUACCAAGGUGGAUACACGGGAAGCCGAAACAUCAGCUUCGGCGGAAGUUACAUUCCUUCCAUUGGAACUUCAUAUCACGGAGGCGUUACACCGAGUGGAUACCCAGGAGCUGGUACCAUAAUCACUGGGCAGAAUGUUCACGGAUCAAUUAUUACAGGGGAUUCCACCCCAGGAACUUUAAUAACUUAUGGACAGAGUCCUGGCACAGUCUUCGGAGGCUCUACAGACCAAGGAUCAAUAUUAACCGGUGACAGCCGUCCAGGAUACACCCAAACUGGUCCUGGUUCCCCUGGCUACGUCGUCAGCCAAGGAGUAAAGACUGUAUAUGGUUCAGCCAGUCCUGGAACCGUUUUGUACGGAACACCUUCGCCUGGUAUUGCAGUCACAGGUUCACCUGGCUCGGGAACAAUAAUCAAAGGACAGCCAAGUCCUGGCAUCGUUCUAACAGGCCAAACAGCCCCCGGCGUUUCCCUUGGUGGAACCGUCCAGCAAGGAACAAUUAUUGGCUCCACGGGACACGUAUAUCCAGGAACGGGAUACACGCAACAAGAUUUUAUUUCCGGAUCUCCGUUUGGAAUCAGAACUACCACCGCUACUUACAAUAGUGGUUACAAGACGAACGAAUAUCAUGAUAAUGGAGGACGCGGUACCAUCAAGUUCAACAAUGGUGACGUGACGACGAAAUACACGGAAAACGAUCUUCCGGAUUACAGACCAGCAGGUGGUACGAUUCCUCCAGACACGCUUAUCCCUGGAAGCAAAGGAGUUCCGGGACCAUCGACGCCGACUGGAUUCUCCAAGACUGGACUAACUCAAUCAGGAGUCACCAGUGGCACUCUGGCCGCAGGAGGCAGCUACGUCAUCGGUACAGGAAGAUCGCGGCCGACUCCCAAACCUGACAUAAUCGGUGCAAACGCGUUUGAAGGGAGCGUGGCAGGAUACACGAAAUCCUCUACCGAAAGCAGCGUCACGUCGACUUAUAAUCAGGACAUAAAUCGCGUGGAUACUUCUAAAAUUGAUCUGGGCCUUUCCAAGGGUCCUGGAUAUUCGUAUCCCACUCCGAGUAUUCCUUUCCAAACGGGAACCAGAGUUUCUUCGACUGAGAGCAGUAUUUUCGGUUCCACUACUCCAACACCGUUCUUGAAUGUUGAAUUGUACAAUACACCGCGAGUGCCCACGUUCGUGAGCAAGCCCACUGGCUUUACGCGUGCACCUUUCUAUACGUCUGGUGGCACAACUUUGGACGAUUACAAGACGACCUUCUUCGAAGCGGCGAAGAUCCCUAUUUCCACGGUUCAACCGAUAGACACUGGUUACAAGACUUCAACGCCAAUUCCAGUGACACAUUACGGCGGAAGCGUUCAAACCGGGACUCAAUUUGGAUUUGGAAAUGUGCAAGUCUCCAGGGAUCGGGGUUACAGCAGCACAACUCCGGUGCCGAUACCGGCAGCAACGCCGACUCCACAGUACGAGUAUAGACCUACUGUUGGCCCAUCUGGCUCUGGUUACUUCAGCUCGACGUCCAAGAGUAUAUUCGGGGAGAACGUAACGCCUUCUGGUAUAUCAGAAUCUCUGAGACCACAGAAAACGUAUACCACCGGGCCAUCCGGUUACGCUGUAGACUCAGGUACCAUAAGCGGCUUCACCACAAGUUCGCGCGGCGAGGACGGAAAAUUCAUUGGAGGCUACAACCGAGGCACGACAAAAUACAUUCCAAGCGAGUACGACGUCUACCAAGGAUCGAUUUCCGGCGGCGAUUACUCCAGAACGCAGCAGGGUUAUAGUUCAACAAUUUCCGGUUUCGAUUACUCGAAGACGCGACAGGGUUACGGCUCGACCCAAUCACCGCUGGCUGUAACGACGUACUCAGGAGUUUACUCGAAGCCAUCGCCGGUGAUCACGUAUCAAACCACCGCAAAGUCAACAGCGGUGGGUAAGGGUAAAGUAAUUGUCAAGUGGAGCGAUUUGCAUCCCAUCUUGCUGGGGAAACUCGGAGCCGAAUGUACCUGUCGAGGAGAUCCGUUCGCAAACCUCAGAGGACCAGGCUCGAAAUUGAUCAAUUCCUCAAAGGGCAAAGUGGAUUUGGCUAAUUACGACGAGUCGGACAUCUACGUAGAUCUUGAGAAAGAGAAUUCCUACGAGGAAGGCGAUUAUUCUAGCCGCGAGUAUCAAGGACCUGUUAAAAUCUGGAACAAUCAGAUACCCAAGAUUCCCAGUUCUGAAAUUCAAGAGAAACCUUCUUCCACUUAUCUGCCAAGCGUGACUCCGUCCGCAGGUCUGGGAGCCCGCGCCAGCGUUUCAGGAUUUUCCAACCGCGGAUUCGCUGCCAAUUUCAGAGCCGGGAAGAGCCUGAACAGCGUCAGUAACACCAACUCGUUCAACGCUGUUGCAAACAAAAAUUCUUCUGUGGAACAGCCAGCGUUCGGCGAGUCAGAAGAGGUAAUCGACGGAGUGACUAACUGCGCCAGGCCAGGUUUGUUCAGACAUCCUAACUUCUGUAACAAGUUCUACGCUUGUCAUUGGGACGAGUGGAAGAAGAAGUUCACUCUCCACGUGUUCAACUGCCCGGUGCAUUUGACUUUCGACAAUGGGGUGAGCGCGUGCAACUGGCCCAGCAUGGGGCCCGCUUGUCAAGACGAUAAUUUGUUAGUUUAGGACGGCGUACAGUAGCACAGCACGAUCUUUCGAGCAAACAUACAAGUAUCGUUAGAACAGGCACUCGAGGAGUCGAAAUCUUAUCUGGCUCUUCAGUUAACGAUAUCCAAAACACAUGUUAAAUUAACACGCUAUUAUGUGUGCUAAAAUCUUAUCGUAUUUCUUUGCCAAAAUAGGAAUGAUAAAAAAGCAAUUAUUAUUUUUGCUAAUUUUUUAAAAUUCAACUGCAUGCAUCAUUUGAUUUUACUUUGCAAUUAUUCAUAAUCGCAAGAUCGUAUCCGGAUGACAAUAGCGUGAGGCAGCGUUCAAUUAUAACUCGAUAACGGUUAAUUCUGAAUUUCCUACCGCGUGCGCACGUGGUCGCAAAUGCUUUCACGGAAAGGAGACAAAGAAGAAGAAAGA